AUGACCUCGAUGCCUGUGCUGCAGGUGUCCGAUCUCUCUCUCACAUAUCAGAUCAGGCAGGGAGAGGUGAAGGCCGUGCAGGGUGUGGGCUUCGAGCUGGCGCGGGGGCAGUCGCUGGGCCUGGUGGGCGAAUCCGGGUGCGGCAAAUCGUCGGUCGCCAACUGCCUGAUGGGACUGCUGCCAGACAACGCCCGCGUGACUGGCGGCCGGGUGUUGUUGGGCGGCGAGGAUAUCCUGUCCCUCUCGGAAGAGGACCUUCGCAAAUAUCGCUGGCGUCGGAUAGCCAUGGUAUUUCAGGCCGCAAUGAACGUGCUUGACCCGGUGUACAGGGUCGGCCAGCAGAUCAUCGAGGCCAUCGAAGCUCACGGCAUGGAGACGACCGACUCAAAGGCGAGGCAGAGGGUCGCGGACUUGUUCCGUAAGGUUGGCCUCGAUCCCCAAUUGAUGGACAGGUAUCCCCACGAAUUCAGCGGGGGAAUGCGGCAGCGGGCGGUGAUUGCCAUGGCCCUGUCCUGCGAACCGGAUGUGAUCAUUGCGGACGAGCCAACAACGGCCCUGGAUGUGAUUGUCCAGGACCGCAUCCUGAGGGAGUUCAAGAGCAUCCAGAUGGAAAACGACAUGGCCGUCAUAUACAUCAGCCACGACAUCGCCGUGGUGGCCGAGGUCACCGAUCUCGUGGCCGUGAUGUACGCUGGCCAUAUCGUGGAAUCGGGGUCAACCGCAGAUGUGCUGACCGCGCCCCUUCAUCCCUAUACGGCAGCGCUCAUGUCUUCGUUUCCAAGCGCACCCUCUGGACGAAACAAUAACGCCGCCCGCCGGUAUGAGCUAAUGCUGAACGACGACCGGGUCUCGCAGGCUAUGCCUGAACUGGCAGGUGGAACGGGCCCCAUCAUCGAGGUUGAGGGACUGAUCAAGCGGUUUCCUGUCUCGAAGAACCUGUUCAGGAAACCCACCGGUUUCAUUCACGCCGUGGACGACGUCUCCCUUACGCUCGCACGCGGGGAGAGCCUGGGCGUUGUCGGCGAGUCCGGCUGCGGAAAGACGACUAUCGGCAAGCUGCUGGUCAAGCUGUUGGAUCCUGACGAGGGCAGAAUUCGGGUCCGAUUCCCCGCCAGUUCCAACGUAGAUGGCACGGAAAUGCGUGAGUUCCGCCGCCACGCCCAGAUGAUUUUCCAGGACCCAUACGAGUCAAUGAACCCAAGGAGGACCAUCUACGACAUCGUUUCGGAACCGCUGGCGGUGCAGAAAAUCGGCAGCGUGAUGGACCGCGUGGAACGCGUCAGCGAAACCUUGACGUCCGUGGGUUUGACCCCGGCAGCCGACUUCCUGUUCCGCCAUCCCCACGAACUGUCGGGUGGACAGAGACAGCGGGUAGCGAUUGCUCGGGCGCUGGUAAUCCGUCCACGGUUCGUGGUGGCCGACGAGCCGACAUCCAUGCUGGACGUUUCCAGCAGGACCGGGAUCAUGCUUCUGAUGCAGCAAUUGGCCCGUGAUCUGGGAAUCGCGUACCUUUAUGUCACCCAUGACCUGGCGGUGGCCCGGUACAUGUGCGACCGCAUCGCCGUUAUGUAUCUGGGAAAGGUGGUGGAGCUGGCCGAGACCGAGGAGUUGUUGCGGAAUCCGCUACACCCAUACACCAAGGCCCUGCUGUCGGCGGUUCCAGUCCCCGACCCGGGACACCGCCGGGAACCUCCCAACAUCCGCGGAGAUCUGACCUUGACGGUCAAUCCACCGGAUAGGUGCCGGUUUUUAUGA